AUGUCCGACUCUCCCAAUCCGCCUACGCCCUCUCCUCCGCGUGUAAAGCACUCCCAGCGACGAGGCCAGACAAGAUUCGAGAAGGAGGCAGCGGCGACAGGAGGUAAAUCCUCCGCUGACCUACCUGGGGAUCCGAAAGUCAUUGGACCAUGGAGGAUAGGGAGGACUAUCGGCAAAGGAGCGAGUGGACGGGUGAAGAUCGCCAAACAUUCCAAAACGGGACAAUACGCCGCUAUAAAGAUCGUACCAAAGCAUGCUCUCAUGAUGACUUCGAGGAUGUCAAUGUCAGAUGCAGGCGCUAAACAUGAUAAAGCCGUGCUGGGUAUCGAGAGGGAGAUUGUGAUCAUGAAAUUGAUUGAUCAUCCGAAUGUCAUGAGUCUAUAUGAUGUAUGGGAGACUGCCAAAGAACUGUAUCUCGUCCUAGAAUACGUAGAAGGCGGUGAACUAUUCGACUACCUCGUCUCUCAAGGUCGAUUACCCCCCGACGAAGCUUCAAGGUAUUUCCAACAGAUAGUUGCAGGUGUAGACUAUUGUCACAGGUUCAACAUCUGUCAUAGAGAUUUGAAACCUGAAAAUCUCUUGUUAGACGCGGAGAAGAAUAUCAAGAUUGCAGAUUUCGGUAUGGCAGCUUUGGAACCGAGUGAUAAGCUCUUGGAAACGAGUUGUGGAAGUCCGCAUUACGCUAGUCCUGAGAUUGUUGCGGGUAUGUCGUAUCAUGGCGCAGCUUCUGAUAUCUGGUCAUGCGGUGUAAUCCUCUUCGCGUUGCUCACGGGUAGAUUACCAUUUGACGAUGAGAAUAUUCGAAUAUUGCUACAGAAGGUCAAGAACGGUAGAUUCGUCAUGCCUGCGGAUUUACCCGCCGAUGCUAAAGAUCUGAUUACGAGAAUGCUGGUUGUCGAUCCGGAGAGAAGAAUCACUAUGGCGGAGAUAAUGAGACAUCCAUUCUGUCAACGGAAACAAGAUACAGAUUCAGGCAGAAGGAUCAACCUCGUCGAACCCCCAAGAUUGGAAGAGAUCGCUAGACCAGUUAGAUCUGAAAGAGAGAUCGAUAGAGAUAUAUUGAGGAAUCUGAGGACAUUGUGGAAUGGUACUUCUGAAAAAGAGAUUGUCACUUCUCUCUUGUCCAACGAGAAAACAUGGGAAAAGGCUUUCUACUUUUUGCUUCUUCAGUAUAGGAACAAACAUCUGGAGAACUUCAACCCUGAGCCUGAAUCUAGGAGAAUCACUACAGAACGACGAAGAAAACCAGAAUCAAUAUCAUCAUCUCAUCGUCGAUCCACUCGAUCUACCACAUCGACUACUGCACCAGCCAAUGGGUCUGUACGAAAAGCCGUACCAAGAGAAGAGAGGGAAAGGGAACGGGAGAGAUAUCGAUCAUCCACUUCAGGUGACAAGGAAAAUGCCAAUCCUCAUACAGCUACUAGACCUGCACCUGUCCCUAUUCCAGCAGUAGCAACGACCAAAUCACCUGCUACGCCCACAUCGAGAGUAGUUGGACCUCGACCGUCCCCCAACCCAAACGAGCUACAGGACCGUGUAGGGAACAAACAAACUACCAACGUGCCCGGUACCGGUCCCAGAACCCCAGCUCAUCUUGAGAAGAUUGUCGAACAACCUUCUACUGUCACACCUGUUGAUCCUAGAUUACCCAAAAUCACUUUACAGCGAUCUACUCCUGGGUCUACAGAACAAUCGCAAAUUGCUCAAACUGGCCUAGGACUCAACCUCAAUAUCAUUAAUAAAUCUACCACGACUUACUCAUCACCGCCAUCUCCAUCACCAGCUACAGUCACAGCCGUCGGACUGGGAAUGCAAUGUUCCGCAUUGGGCAAUAUAAAUGUACCUCAAGUUCAAGAUGCAGCAUUGCAGAAGUUCUUCCAUGAUAUCGCUGAACAACUUCAAUUGAUCGGAUCAGCUUCACCCAGAUCGUCUAUCGUCGUUCCCGGUACAAGCACAAGUCCAAGUGGCCCAUCUUCGCCUAUGGCGGGUCCAGCACUGUCUCAAAUGGAAGAGACCAUAACUACACCUACUACACCUAUCAUCGAAAUACCUCCUAUGAUGACUAGUAUAAACAGACCAGCUCAACGGAGAAGUAUGACUGAACAACCUGUACCCAGCACUGCACCUAAACCGAAAUUACCUGAAAUUACCAAAAGAAGGUCAUACCUCGGUGAUUCGACGAUCACCCAUAGUAAUCAAGCGAAUAUCGUUGCUCAGCCGCAAAGGUUCUCAACGGGCUUCGAUAAAGUGAGGAAAGUAUCUAAUGGAAGUGAGAAAAAGAGGAGGUCAAAGCCUGCUCCACUGGAUCUAUCACCCAAAAUAGGCUCUGAAUUACUUUCUCCCACCGGAUCACCAUGGUUAUCCACCCCUCCUUCGGGAAGUCCCACCCCACCUUCACCAUUGUUGGUAGGUAGUUCAGGCGAAGUGAAAACUUCUUGGUUCUCAAAUUUGUUCAGCUGGAAACCCGCCACCUUCACUUUAAUUUCUGCAGAUGACUGCGCGAGCUCCCGAGCGGAAUGUAUAAAGCUUCUCGAAUCGUUCGGGGCCAGUGUGAUAUUAGAAGAUGCAGAUGGUUGGGGUGUAUUGAAAUGUCGUAUAGACGAGAUAAGGGACGUAUCAGGUAUAAUCAUACCUAAAUCCGUACGAUUCCGAAUCGAAUUCCUACCUCACUCCAUCUGGUCUUCCACUACCAAUAACGCACAUCCACCAAACUCGCCAAUCAUUCCUGGCAGUCCGAGAGGUACUACCACAAGUAUGACGAUGGUCCAGGAGAAAGGAGCAUUGUCUAGUUUUAGAGCGGUAUAUGGUAGGAUCAGAUCGGAAUGGAGACUUGAUUCCCUCAAAUCACCAGCUAUAUCAACUCAUUCCAGAUUUACCACUAAUAACACCACUCAGAUCAAUUCGCCAAUGGCUUCUCCUGCUCUUGAUGGGAAUCAUGCUCAGGCAAUAUGGAGCUGA